AUGGAUUCUAGGCUCCUGGUCGGACCAGGGGUCCCCACACCGGACCCGACCGCCCGGGCACCCUGGAACAUCAGCUCCAUCAGUCCGCACCGGCUGAUGGAGAUGUCUCCGGUGUCAACAGCUGGUUCCGUGGUUUCGAUUAACCCGUUUCCAACGGUAGACGUCCCGGACCACGCCCACUACACCAUCGGUGUUGUCAUCCUGGUCGUGGGCAUCACAGGCAUGCUGGGAAACUUCCUGGUUAUAUAUGCUUUUUGCAGGAGCCGGAGCUUGCGGACACCAUCCAACAUUUUCAUUAUCAACCUGGCAGUCACAGACUUCCUCAUGUGUUUUACUCAGACACCAAUCUUCUUCAUCACCAGCAUGCACAAGCGAUGGAUCUUUGGAAAGAAAGGCUGUGAGAUGUAUGCCUUCUGCGGAGCGCUGUUUGGUAUCUGCAGUAUGAUGACACUGAUGGUUAUUGCGGUGGACCGGUAUGUGGUGAUCACCCGGCCGCUGGCCUCCCUUGGGGCGAUGUCUCGCAGGAAAGCCCUGAGCAUCCUGGCUGCUGCCUGGGUCUACUCCGCAGGAUGGAGCCUUCCACCCUUCUUUGGCUGGAGUGCUUAUGUCCCAGAGGGUCUGAUGACGUCUUGUUCGUGGGACUACAUGACGUUCACCCCGUCCGUCCGCUCCUACACCAUGCUGCUCUUUACCUUCGUCUUCUUCAUCCCUCUCUUCAUCAUCAUCUUCAGCUACUGCUGCAUCUUCAGAGCCAUCCGACACACAACGCGAGCGAUAACAAAGAUCAACUGUCAUGGAACCAGAGACUCAGCAAAGAGGUUCCACAAGAUGAAGACUGAAUGGAAGAUGGCCAAGAUCGCACUCAUCGUCAUCCUGCUCUUUGUCAUCUCCUGGGCCCCGUACUCCUGUGCAGCCCUCACUGCAUUCGCUGGCUACGCCGACCUGCUGACUCCGUAUAUGAACUCUGUUCCUGCUGUGAUCGCCAAAGCAUCUGCGAUCCACAACCCCAUCAUAUACGCCAUAACACAUCCCAAAUACAGGUCAGCCCUUGGCAGGUAUAUUCCCUACCUCGGGGUGUUGCUGUGUGUUCCUGGCAGAGGACGUUUCAGCAGCAGCAGCUUCCAGUCCACGCGCCGUUCGACCCUCACCAGCCAAUCAGAGAGCAAAGGCAAGCCCCGCACCUCCUCCCUGUCUGAGAGCGAAUCAGCCCGUUUCUCAGACACGGAGGAGGACUCCUUGUCUCGGACGCCUGCCAGUCGUCAGUUGUCUGGUGUGCGCCAUGCCAACCAGAGGACAAAGGUGAGAGGUCACAACACGGGAGAGUUUGAGAGAACUGCCGCCCACAACCCCACUGACCCGGCCAUAUGUCACCUCUCACAGAUCACAACUCUGACCGAGCAUGAAGACAUCUCCAUGUCGGACAUCAGCCUGAAGCCACCCGGUCAUCUUCCUGCUACUCUGGACAUCCUGAAGGAAGAGUCUAGGCCAAGGACUGGGCGUAAGACAACGGCAUCCGUCAUUGUUACCUCCAUAUCCAGCCCGUCGAUACUGCAUAGUCCGCCAGGUUUCCAUGGCAACCUCAAAUUGACCAAAACGUACAGCCCGGUUGUCAAGGAGCCCCUUGACAUAACCAGGCUGGAGACCACAGCAUUACCAUAA